GGCUCGGGGCUUGUCCUGCCCUGGAGCCGGUGGGCAGGGACGGAGCCUGGCGUGGGAGUGGGGAGGGCGAUACCCGCCCAAGGGACCCGGCCCCCGGUGCAGCACCGCGCUCAGCGGCCCCGGCCCGAGAGAUGGAGCGGUACCACGUCCUGGAAAUGAUCGGCGAAGGCUCCUUCGGGCGCGUGUAUAAGGGGCGCCGGAAACACAGCGCCCAGGUGGUGGCCUUGAAGUUCAUCCCCAAGGUGGGGCGGUCUGAGAAGGAGCUGAAGAACCUGCAAAGAGAAAUUGAGAUCAUGAGAGGCCUCCAUCACCCCAACAUCAUCCAGAUGCUUGACAGCUUUGAGACUGAUAAGGAGGUGGUGGUGGUGACUGACUAUGCAGAGGGGGAGCUUUUCCAGAUCCUGGAGGAUGAUGGGAGUUUGCCUGAGGACCAGGUCCAGACCAUCGCUGCUCAGCUGGUCUCUGCUCUCUAUUACCUGCACUCCCACCGCAUCCUGCACCGAGACAUGAAACCCCAGAACAUCCUUCUGGGCAAAGAUGGUGUCGUCAAGCUCUGUGACUUUGGGUUUGCCCGUGCCAUGAGCAUCCAUACCAUGGUGCUGACCUCCAUCAAGGGCACCCCACUGUAUAUGUCCCCUGAGCUGGUGGAGGAGCGGCCGUAUGACCACACAGCAGAUCUCUGGUCUGUGGGCUGCAUCCUGUACGAGCUGUUUGUGGGCACUCCUCCCUUCUACACCAACAGCAUCUUCCAGCUUGUCAGCCUCAUCGUCAAGGACCCUGUGAAAUGGCCCACGGCCAUGAGCCCGGUGUUCAAGAGCUUCCUUCAGGGACUACUAAUGAAGGACCCCCACCAGCGUCUGUCAUGGCCAGAGCUGCUCUCUCAUCCAUUCAUUGCUGGACGGGUUACUGUGAUCGAUGACACAGAAGAGUGUGGGAUCUCAAACCCCUUUACUACAAAGCUGUCCCCAGAACUGCAGGCCCUGAAGGAACAGCAAGCCCAUUCCCUGGUCCCCAGGAGCAGCCAGUCCAGGAUCCUGAGAAAGGCCCAGCAGAAGAUGGUUGAAGAGGCACAGAAAAAGGGGCAACUGAAGGUAGGUGAUGCAUUUAUGAAGGACUCUGGCAAUGGACACCCCAGGCAUAGACCCAGAGCAGGUCCAGGCAAGGCAGCCCCUGAGGAGGGGGAGCCACUGGCUGCCUCCAGUGAGAAUAACUCUGGUCUCCUGCAAGGAAAGAGCAGCAUGGCAGAGUGGGAAUUGGAGGAGUCUCUUCCUGACCCAUGCCAGCACAGCAUCUCUCGAGACUAUGAGCGGGAGUUUCCUGGAGCAGGUGCCCCUCCACAGCCUGAUGCUGGCAGGGCAGAGCCCCGGGGCAGGCGCAGCAUUGAGGCCGUGGACCUGGAGAGUGAGGAGCUGGAGAGCGAUGAGGAGUGGCAGCACUUGAUUGAGGCCACUGAGCCCUCGGCCAUGCAGCUGAGCACACCUCUGAGCCUCCUGAGGGACCCAGCCUUUCAGCACCGUGUCAAGGACUGCCUGGCAGACUCUGCUCAGCAGGUGCUGGAAGGGAUGCUGGAGGGUGCCUCCUAUCUCCGUCCUGUGCUUCGUGUUGUGGGGAACCUCCUGGCUACCCGGUGUGACUCUGAGCUGUUGGACCACUUCUGCCAAGAACUGAAUGUGCCUCUGUCCCUGCUGUGUUUAGCCAAGCAGAUCCUGGAGAGUGGUUGCACCAAGCAGCAGCCCUGGUGUAUCACUGUGCUGACAGACCUCCUCAUGGUGACCACAGUUUAUUUCAGCAGUGAACGCAGCCUGGAGGAGAGUGGGCAAAAGGACAGCCUGCAGACCUUCCAGGAGAGUGCUGGUUGCUUCCUGGCCCUGCUGCCGGAGCUGCUGGCUGAGCCAGUCGACAGUGAGAUGAGACUCUGCCAGCAAAGCCUUCUGUGGUGGCAACCCCUGUGUCUUCCCCAGUGCUUCACCCAGCUCUGUGAGAGCCUGGAUGCGACAGACCCCUCCAUCUCUGCACCCUUCUACGCCGGCCUGCGAGAGGAGCAUCAGCCACUGCUGAACAGACUCCUUCACGGAUCCAUCUCAGAGCAGCCUGCUCUGCGAGGUGCAGCGAUGGAGGCCAAGUCAGACCAGAGCCCAUGUGUGGCAGACCUCUUCAUGGCUGCACUGGCUGCUGCCUGCAGUAUCCCCCUGGAGAGGAACAGCUGUCGGGAAGCCAAGCAGCAGGUCGCUCAGGCAGUAGCUGAAAAGCUUAUGGAAGGAGAGAGCCAGCAGCUUGGGAAACUGCUGGGAAGACUGGAGCACUCAAGCUGCUCCUUGAAUGUACUGAAGAUCCUCUAUGCUGGCUGCCAUGCCCACCCAAGCCUGUGCCAGCACCUGGGAAGGAGCCAACGGCUGUGGGGUUUCCUCAUGCAGCUCUUGAAGGGUGAGGUCCCCUCGGUGGAGGUGGCCCAGGAGGCAGCCUGUGAGGCCUCUGUGUGCCUGCUAGCCCUGCUCACUCUGCACUUUCAGGCUUCCCCUCCCAGGCUUCAGGAGGUGGUUACCUUGGCUGUGGAUCUCAUCACGCAAUCUCCUGUUGGUGAUUGCCUUGUGGGUGCUGCAGCAUUCCUCCUGGCACAACUCAAUCAGCAUGGGGUGGCCUUGGAGCUCAAGGGAGAAGAGGUCCUACCAGUGGUGACAAAUGCGCUGACAACACCUGCUAAGCUGCAGCUCCCCCUGCCAAUGGGUGCUGGUCUCUAUGAUGGGCUCUUUUUCCUCCUGCUGAAACUCCUUGCUCAGGAGGAUGUGGCCAUGGAGCAGGGCUUUGCCUCCUCAGAGCUGUGGAGCCUGGUCUGGCAUUGUGUUGCUGUGGUGCUUCAAGUGGGCAGUGACAGGGCAGCGCUGGAGGGAGAGCCCCCAGGGGCAGGCCACCCCAUGGCAGAGCCAGACUGGAACCUCCUUUCCCCUCAAGGCACCCUGCUCUUCCUCAGCCUGGCCCUCUGCAUCUUCACUCGUGAGUCGCACCAGUGCCUGCCUCAGCUCACCCAGUCCCGUGGUGUCCUCAUGGUGACCCUGAAGAGACUGCUGUCCCCCAGCUUCCUGGAAUGCCUGGCACAGACGCAAGCAGGAGAGGACCCUGAGGUUGUCCCAGCUGUGGUCAUCCAGGCCUGCCAGCUCCUCUGUUUCCCUUUUGCCCUGGAUGUGGAUAGAGACACCUUAGCACUGAUCAUGGAGGCUAUGAGAGACACCCAGAUCCCUGCCCAGCUGCUGCAGGUCUGCUCUCGCCAUCUGCCCUUCUCAUUCACGGAGCUCCCUAUGAGCCUCCUGUGCCACCUCGUUGUGUCUGACACUCAGGUCAUAGACCAAGUGGUGAGGGAAGCUGCCACCUCGGAGCAUGUCAUUGCCUUUUUCAAAUCUGCCUUGUUCUCAGACAACCUCACACUCACAACUGACCUCCUGUCUCUCUUGACCCAUGUGGCCCGGGCCUGUUCGGAGCAUCUGCCCUUUCUCCAGAGGAUCCUGAGGGGCUUGGAUGUGGCUGACCAGCCAGCAAAGAUGCUGCUGUAG